GAGAGGAGACACACAGUCAGAGACGGACGAUAAGAUUCACCUCUGGACCAAAAGCACCACUUCCACUACCAGAGGACAGCUCCAGGGGGGAAUACUGGGAAUACUGGGAAUACUGGAAUACUGACUGCUCACACUGAACCAGAGUUUUACAGCAACAACGACUCAAAGUGAAAGUAACUCUGAGGGAACAGGGAGUGGCUGAGCUGUCUGCCUGCUGUGUUCACAGCGUCACUCAGAGACAAAAUGGCGUCCAGGUUACAGGACGAUCUCUGCUGCCCUGUCUGCUGUGACAUGUUUAAAGAUCCUGUCAUCCUGUCAUGUAGCCACAGCUUCUGUAAAGACUGUCUGCAGAACUGGUGGACAGAGAAACCAGCACGUGAGUGUCCAGUUUGUAAGAGAAGACACUCAAAGAGUUUCCUACUUCCUAACUUUGCUCUAAAGAACCUGUGUGAGAGUUUCUUACAGGAGAGAGAUCAGAGAGCUUCAGAGGCUCUCUGCAGUCUGCACUCUGAGAAACUCAAACUCUUCUGUCUGGACCAUCAGCAGCCAGUGUGUGUCAUCUGCAGAGAUUCAGAAAAACACACCGACCACAGAUUCAGACCCGUCGAUGAAGCUGCACGACAACACAAGAAGGAACUUGAGGAAACUCUGGAGCCCUUAAAGGAGAAGUUAAAGGUCUGUGAACAAGUUAAAGUGAAGUGUGAUCAAACAGCAGAACACAUGAAGGUCCAGGCCCGACGCACAGAGAGGCAGAUUAAGGAGCAGUUCAAGAAGCUUCACCAGUUUCUGGAAGAGGAAGAGGAGGCCAGGAUGGCUGCACUGAGGGAGGAAGAGGAGCAGAAGAGUCAGAUGAUGAAGGAGAAGAUGGAGGCUCUGAGCAGAGAGAUAGCAGCUCUUUCAGACACAGUCAGAGCCACAGAGGACGAGCUGAGAGCUGAAGACGUCUCAUUCCUGCUCAACUACAAGGCUGCAGUGGACAGAGUCCAGCAGCGCCCCCUGCUGGAUGAUCCACAGCUGCUCUCAGGAGCUCUGAUAGACGAGGCCAAACACCUGGGCAACCUGACCUUCAACAUCUGGAACAAGAUGAAGGACGUGGUCUCCUACACUCCUGUGAUCCUGGACCCAAACACUGCUGGUCCAGAACUCAUCCUGUCUGAAGAUCUGACCAGUGUGAGACGAGGACAGAGGCAGCAGCUUCCUGAUAAUCCAGAGAGGUUACACUACUGCUCUGUCCUGGGCUCUGAGGGCUUUAACUCAGGGACUCACAGCUGGGACGUCGAGGUUGGAGACAGUACAGACUGGGAACUGGGUGUGUUGGCAGAGUCUGUCCAGAGGAAAGGAGACAUACACUCUGGAUUAUGGAGAAUAUGGUUCUGGUCUAGUAAAUACAGAGCGCUCUCCCCACCACAUCACAACACUGCUCUCAGAGUGAAGAAGAAGCUCCAGAGGAUCAGAGUCAAUCUGGACUGUAACGGAGGAAAACUGUCGUUCUCUGAUCCUGAUACUAACACACACAUACACACCUUCACACACACUUUCACUGAGAGGAUGUUUCCAUUCAUUUACACUGGGGAUGAUCUCCCACUGAAGGUUUUACCACUGAAGGUCUCUGUGACUGUAGAACAACAGGAAUGAAAGACGUGUUUCAGGUCUGAUGGUUUAUGACUCACAGCAGUCAGACAGAUGUUGGG